AAACGUCAAUAGUUAGUUUAACACUAGGGAUGGAGAAACCACGUUUGCCUCAUGCAAUGAGUGUUAUAAUUUCCUUGGCUCCACUGUAAGACAAAAUCAGAUGGUUAACUAUUCAAUCUACAGUAUAGCGUUUCUGUUUACCAGGUUUACAUUUACACUUUGUCAAAAUUACGUUCACUGCUCGUGUUCGGCCAUUGUCAGAUAUCUUUGAAACAUUACUGUUAAACUUCACCACACGGUUUUUACACUGUCGGCGAGCGCAGAAAAUCGAUAAAUUACCAUGUUGGAUCAUCACUAAUUUGAAGUGUUGAUUGCCGAGUGUUUCUCCCAGUAGUCGGAUUUUUGGUUUUCCUUCGUGGCUGUCUGAAAACGAUUGUGACAAUGAGUAACUCACAAAUGCAUCUACACAGCGAAAAUUUUGAUCUCUGCAGAAUCUGUUUAUUAGAACCGGAGUCUAACCGACAUGUCAAGUUUAUACAUAUUUUCACACCAAGUGGAGUUGGUGUACCAUUGAAUCAACAAAUUUUUGAAUUCUUAGGGGUCAAGGUUGACAAGGAUGAUAUUAAACCAAAAAUCAUUUGUGAAAAUUGUCAUUCAGCAUUGUCAAACUGGACUGAGAUGAAGAAUAAAGCUGCCGAAUCUCAAAUUGUUAUCAAUUACAUUGCAAAAAAAAAAUUUGGUGUUAAUGCAACUGAAAACAGCCAGCAAACUUCUAAUGAAUCUGAUACUUCAUUGGAUUCAAGAAAUACUGCUGAAUCAACAAAUGCAUCACAUUCUCAAAUAAAAUCAAAAAUAUCUGUAGUGAAAAAAAAUGUACCAACUAAUUGUAGCACUAGUAGUAAUCGAAGCAGUUAUAAUCAAUCAUUUACAACAAAUCAAUCAACAAGAUCAGUAUCUGUUUCUAGUGAAUCUGAUGAUGAUACAUCUUCUUGCCAAGAAGUGACUGUUAAUAAUGAAGUAAUUUAUGUAUCAUCGGAUGGUGAGGAAAUGGUUCAAAACAAUUCAGUAAAUGAUUCAGCUACAUUUGAAGAUCUAAACUACUGCUCCAUCUGUAAAAGGAAGAAUAUUUUUGAUCAUGACUGUUCCCAUUACAACAAAGAAUUUUCAACUUGUUUGGUACCUAAUUGUAAUAUAUUGUCUAGAUCUCUAAAAGAUUUUACACCGCAUUAUAGACAACACAUUGGUAUGCCUUCUGGAGUAAUGUUAUGUCUUCGUUGUUUCCAAGAAAACAAAAUAUCUGAACGUGAUGUUAACGGUUUUCACACUCGCUGUUGCACAUUAAAUAUAUUUAAAUGUUUUACAUGUAAUAUAAUAUUUAAUACUAUGGCAGAAUUUGCCAGUCAUAAGCUAAAAACACAUAAUGGUCGGCUUAUAAACUCUUCAGGAAAUUAUUUAUGUUUUUAUUGUGAAAAAUCAUCUCCAGAUCUGAUGAAAAUGAAUGAACAUAUUAAGCAUUGUCGUGAAAACCAAAUGAAAAAUGUUAAAGACAAUGUAACUGAUAACUGUAUGAAACACGAAGAACCUCAGGAAAGUGAAACAAUGUUACUUAAUGAUAAAAAAAAUGAAUAUAAAAGAGGGAAAGAUAAAAAAAUUCCGCGUUCUGCACAACAUCUACUUUUUACAUGUUUAAAACCUUCUUGUAAUCUUAUUUUUCAAAAUUUUGCUGUUUUUAAAUUUCACCACAGAGAGCAUUUUGAAAUUGGAAAUAAAUUGAUGUGUUGGCAAUGUUGUUCACCAUUUUCCAAUUUAAAUGGUCUAAGAAUGCAUCAAGUAAAGGGUAACUGCCGAACUCCUGGUAUGUUUAAAUGUUUUGAGUGCACUGAGGUAUUCAAUGACCUUCAAAGUUUAAGCAUUCACAAAUAUACUAUACAUGAUGGUGAUUUAAUAGCAAAUAAAAAGAAUAAAAAGACUAUAAUUUGUGCAUUUUGUAAAAAUGAAAUUUCUAUUCAUAAUUUUAAAAAUCAUUUGGUUAAAUGUCAAUAUAAAAUUGAAAAAAAAGUAUUACCUAAACCUCAUUUGAUUAAAAAAACAAAAUAUUCUAAUUCUAAAUGUGUAUAUUGUGGUAAAGUUUGUCUUACAGCUGCAGCUUUAUCAAGUCAUAUAAAAAUUCACAGUCCUAAAUCAUUACAAAAAAAAGACGCAAGAAAAAGAUUGAGUAAUACAUCAAUGAAAAGCAAAGUACCUUAUGAAUUAGUAAACACAAGUAAAAUGGAAGGUGAAGAUAGCAAUCAAAUAUUAUCUAGUACUUCUCAAAGUAAUGAUACACUCACAUCUGACUAUGAAAUGGCUAAUACAAGUGAUGGUGGGAAAGAUAUGUAUGAAGUUAUUAAUCAAACUAGCUCUGGUUCUUCACAAAGUAAUGAAAUGGCAAAUGACUAUGAAAUGUUUCCAUUUGUAGAUAAUUAUUAUCUUUGUAUUAAGUGCCCUAAGAAGUUUAGUUCUAAGAACGGAUUAAUAAAGCAUUGGAAUAUUUGUUCUUCAGUAAGUACAAUGAAAAGCUCUAUGAAAAAUGUACCUCAUAAUUAUUAUUGUACUAAAUGUAAGGAAUAUUACACUCGACUAAGUUUUGUUGAACAUUGGAAAAUACAUCAUGGAAGGAGACUUCCAUACCAUAAAUUUAAACGAUUUUCUUGUACAAAAUGUCCCUUUAAGUUUAUGUAUAAAAUAGCAUUAUUAAUGCAUGAUGAGCAUGUGCAUGGUGGACCAGAAAAUUCUGAAAAUAUUACAGUUGAAACUACUCAUUCUGAUAAUGAUGUAAUGUUACCAGUAAUAUCCAAUACAACAUCGUUGGCCAAUUGUAAUGCUGAAGAUAUUGAAAGAUUAAUAGAAAGUGAUAAAGGAUUUUUCAAUGGUAAAAUUGAAUAUGAAGGAACUACCAAUACAAUAUUAGAUAUUCCUGAAGAACUGAAUAAUGAAAAUGAUCAUGAUAUAAAUGAACAAAAUAAUGAUAGCAAUGACUUGAGAAAUAAUGAAGAACAGGAUAUAAGUAAUAAUAAUGAUGAUAACAAUAGUGAUUAUGUUGAUGUACAUAAUAUUCAAAACGUAGAUACAGUUAUAGAUGAAUUAAAUUAUAAUAAAAAUAAAAUAAGCCCAGAACAGCUUCCUUCUGAAGAUUUAUUGAUGGUUAAUAAUUCUAAUGAAAUGGAUUGCAAAAGUGAAGUUAUAACAUUUGAAGUAAAUGAUAAAAAUGAGGUGGCUACAGUAGAUAAUAAUGAAAAAGAUAUUACUUCUCUUACAGAAGAAGAUAUUCAAAUUUGUAUUGAUAACAUGCUAUCAACAAAUAACUCCCAGCAUUUGAAUGAAAAUGAAAUUAUCAAUAUAGUACAAAAACUACCUAUUUCAAGUGAUGAAAACAAAGAAACAAAUGAAUCUGAAGGAUGUUCAGUAAUUAGUGAGAAUUCUUCUGAACAAUGUUCAGUUAUUGGCAUAAACUCAACUGAAAAAUGUACAGAUAUUGAUAAAAAUUCUUCUGAAGAAUGUCCAGUAAUUGACAACAAUUCUUCUGAAGAAUGUUCAGUUAUUGGCAUUAAUUCAUCUGAAGUAACUGACACAAAUUAAAUAACAAAUGGCUGAUUAUGAAAAAAUUUAAAACCUGUAUUAUUCUUUUGAAAUAAGCUAAG